AUGAGCGACGACCUCUCUCACGAAACUUUAUUCCGCAACUUUCUCCCCUUGCCUGCACCUCCUCAACGUAACACUCACAUUUCUAUGCCUGUCAUCUCGGAAGAGUGUUCACCCGAUUCCCCCACCUCAACCGCUAUUCCAAACGCUUCGCGGACACCAACGCCAAAUGACAUGAUCUCCAAGAUUGGUUCCUUUCCCAAGACGAUUCGCCGCCGCUCCAGCCAUCUUCAACGAUGGAUAGAAGACCAGCUCACCCGUCCUCAUAGCGCGGGCGCGGCGGAGGGUGCUUCGACAGACACGCUCCCGCACGGCACGGCUCCUCACCCUUAUCUCGCGUAUCCGGGAAUCACUCCGCCACGUUUCGGCGAAAGUGACCCCGACGACUCUCGAACCUUGGAAAGCUACGUCCUCGUGGAUGAUGACGGGCCCGGGAGCUCCCAUCUCCAGCCGGAGGACGAGGAUGUGUUCCAGGUGAAUCCUGCAACUCCACCUGUCCGCUCCUCCCCCACGUUGUCUACGGGCGCAACCCCUCGCCCAUCCUCAGGCAUAUUCCAUGCUGCACCUUCCCUGCGCAAUUUACACCUGUCUCUGCCCCCUUCCCGUCGCAAGUCAGCCGAAAAUCAUAAAUCGCCCUCGCCGACUUCUCGGCAUUCAUUUCUUCCACGCCCCCAUACCCGUAAUGGACAUACUCGAGAGACUAGUAUCCCUUCCCUCGCUUCCGCACAACCGAACACAGCUGAUGGUCCAUCUACUACCCGCAUAUCCAAAUCUCACAAUAGUUGGAGGUUCAAGCGCCCGAAUGUCCUAAGCGCCUUUUCCUCGCCUUCCCACUCACCAAUCGCUCAACCAGAUCCAGUCGACGAAAUGCCUCCGCCUAGACCGAGCUUUUCAUCAGUCAAUACCUUUUCGUCCGGCACGACAGGGACCUCUAAUGUAACUACAUCUCACAAGCCUGCCCACGGUUCUCAGCGUGCCCCUCCUGUCCCACGAUUUAAAUCUCCUUCGCCUUCCAUGUGGUCCUUGCCCCGCGAUGCCUCCCAUUUGCAUGACCCUCCCGGGUCGGAAACGGUUCUCUCUCUCAGGCCUGCCACGGGCAUCCGGAUUCCUUUUGCCCAUAGAACGCCCAGGAACAGCAUGCCAAUGCGACGCGUCCCAAGCGUGUUGGUAUCCCAAGAGAAGAAGAAAAAGAAGCUUGUCAUUGGCGGCGUUGGAAUACAUGAUGAACGACGUGUCGAUGGCGUCAGGCGGUGGUGCGAGUCCUUCGGUGAAGUCAAUCAAAUUACGCGCGCACAGAACGGCGAUCUUCAUAUUGAUUUUCGAAGGUCCGAGGUUGCUGACACUGUGUGCCGACUUAACGCCAGGGUUCACAUCGCCGGAGUUGGAAGUGUCUCCUUGUCCUGGUACACAGGCAAGAAACAUUGAUUAGAAUCGAGUACAUGUAAGGACAUGUCCCCCACGACGUAGCCCGCUCUCGGUUCACCCUCUAUCGGUGUACGAGGUACUUCUAUGGAACAUCUAACCUUAAUUUUGUAACAUACGUAUCUGGACCAUGACCCCCAUGACCGUCAUCUCAUUAUGCCCUGCUUGUGAGUGGCUUACCUGUAUACGUCCGAUCAUGUCUUCUGAUUUGUACGCCGUGCGACAGCCCCACUCUCACACUUCAUAUGACCCGUAUCUACAUUGCACAUCAUAUCCCCAUUUACCCCAUAUUGCACGAAUUACUUCAUCAACCUUCUUGUAGCAUCUUAACUUACCUUCAUCCAGCAUUCCGUUCAGCUUCCAUCCGAUACCCUACACUAGUUUCACAACUCGCUUUCCCCAUUUAUACCUGUUUCUAAAAAGUUGCUGGUGUCCU